UCAUGACAAAAAACUUACUUGGACCAAUAACGCGUUGGUAGAUGAGAUUAUUUCCUCCUCUCCGUCCGUGUGCGCGCGCGCCAAUUCCUUCUCUAACGAUGCCCAUGGUUUUGGAAGCGACGCCAUAUUCCCCAACCUACCCCCUCUCCAUCAAGGUCAUCCCGAGGUUCACCUACGCAAUGGAAUCAUGAAUGCAUCUCGCUUAUCAGCGGCCCAUGAACCCGACGCCGAAAAAGCCUUUUUCGUCGCGGACCUGAGCCUCGUCUACUAUCAGCAUCAACGCUGGAAGGCAUGCUUACCAGAGAUCCAACCUUUCUAUGCUGUCAAGUGCAAUCCUGAUCCCUAUAUCAUCCGCCUUCUAGCGGCGUUGGGGACCGGCUUCGACUGUGCUUCUAAUGGAGAAAUCUCCCAAGUGCUGAAUGUUGGGGGGAUAGACCCAUCCCGCAUCAUCUUUGCCAACCCAUGCAAGGCGGUCUCCUUCGUUCGCAAUGCAGCUAAAAUGCGGGUCGACAUGAUGACGUUCGACAACUCCGACGAACUCUACAAGAUUGCCCGCGCCCAUCCCCGCGCAAAGGUCAUCGUUCGCAUUUUGACCGACGACUCCAAAAGCCUCUGCGCUUUCGGGAUCAAGUUUGGGGCCCCACUCGUUACUGUCCCUGGCCUGCUGGCCAAAGCCAAGGAGUUAAACCUUGAUGUCAUUGGAGUUAGUUUCCACGUUGGCAGCGGGUGCUACGACCCCUCGGUGUACACUGACGCAAUAAUGCGUGCACGCGCCGUCUUCGACAUGGGGAAGGACGCCGGGUACACCUUCAGCUUGCUGGACGUUGGUGGUGGCUUCGAAGAUACUCUCUUCGAGCAAGCAGCCCACUAUCUGAACAAAGCGAUCGAACAAUACUUCCCUGAUCGACGUAACAUAAAGAUUAUUGCGGAGCCAGGCCGCUUUUAUGUUUCCAAGGCUUUCAGAUUGGCUGCCAAUAUUAUUGCACGGAGGGCCCCUAUUGCAGGGCCUCCUGCCCAGGGACCAUCAGAGUCAGCCUCCGACCAGCCAGCGGUUAUGUACUACAUCAACGAUGGAGUAUACGGCGCUUUCAACUGUAUUCUAUUCGACCACCAGGUCAUCCACCCACAUGUUCUGUCCAUGAAUGGCUCCUUCCACAUUGCAGACUCGGAGCCCAGCCACCUGAGCAGCGUGUGGGGCCCUACCUGUGACUCCAUUGACUGUGUUAGCCCAAAGACCACGCUCCCUGUGGCGCUCCAGGUGGGCGACUGGCUCGGGUUUGACAAUAUGGGCGCGUACACCGUCUGCGCAGCGAGCCAGUUUAAUGGGUUUGAGCUCAGCAAUGUGAUCUAUACUACGGGAGGGGUUGGAGCCGUCGAAGUCAGGAAUGUGCUUGCUUCAUUUGCCGCAGCUGGUCAUGGGCUUUGA